AUGUCUCUGGUCCGUUGUGCUACAGUUCUCGUUCUGGCGACCCUAGUGGCGUCCCAAAGGGAACGCCCAGAUAGGGAGAAGCAGAAGGAGUUCUCUGAGUGUUUGCUGUCAGGCGGAACGCGAGAAUCUUGUCGUACGAUUCUGGCGGACAGUCAGGGAGAAACUGGUGAACGACCUUCGCCUCAGCCUCAAGACGAGGUGCUGGAACGCCUUGAAGCUGAACGCGGUGCACCAGCUGCUCUGGCGGAGCAGCUGAAGAAUUGCGACUAUGGCGAGGAGGGUGACACGGACGCGGAGAAGAGGGAAGCCUUCAAGGAGUGCAAAGAUAAGGCCCUUGAAUCCUUGGAACGGCUCCGUGGUGACGACGUGAAGCCCGAGGAGUUGGAACGCGAGUUGGAGAAAGCCGCUGAGGAGUCUGCUCGUGGCAUCGUCAAGCGAUGUCUCGAUGCGGCCAGCACGGACAGCGACAAGGAAGCCUGCUUCAACAGUGAAGAAGCCAAAACGGAGAUGGCUGCCAUCAGCGGACGAGAUCCUUCAGAGUUCAAGGCAGAUGACAUGCGUGAAGCCAUGCGCGAGGGUGCAGCAAGUGACUUGGUGGAAGAGGUGAGCAACUGUCAAAAGAAUGCGCAAGAUGAGAACAGCAGGAAGGAGUGCUUGAGGCCUUCCGAUGAGAUGAAGAAGCAGAUUGCUGACAGCAGGGGCAAAGCCAGUGGCGAUGUGAAGGACUCGGAGGUGCGUGAGUUCCUGGAAGACGGUGCGGAAGAGGACAUGUGGAGUAUCAUGAAGAGCUGCGGGGAGGAUCGAGAAGCGUGCCUGGAGUCUGCCAAGGAGAUGCUGGGUACAGCUACCGGCCAGGGGAAGAGCGACAUCACCGACGACCAGUUGGCGCGUCGGCUGAGCAACGCCAUGAAGGAUGAGUUGGCUGAGUCUAUGGCCGCCUGCACCAGGGCCGCCACUGAUGACAUUGCUCGCCAGCUCUGCCGGGAUAUCCUUACGGAUCAAGUGCUCAGCACGGCGGACAACCGCACCAAGCACAGCAAGGGCGACAAGAACCAGGCCUUAAAGGAAGCUGGGAAAGCUGCCGCCACGGAUGUGGUCAAAGACUGCCAGGGGACUCGCGAGGAGUGCCUCACGCGUCUCAUGGAGAAAGCCGCCGAGUCCAUGGGCCGACGCCCCGAGGAUUUGACCGAAGUGGAGGUGGAAAGGCUUAACGAGGAAGGCUCCAAGGAAGCGGCCAAAGAGUCCAUCAAAUCCUGCACCAGUGCCAAGAAGGACAAUGCUCAGGCAACCUGCGGCGAUGCCUUGGCAGUCUACGCCGCGGGCCGCGGCAAGGGGGACUUGGACGCCUCGGAGCAGCGCCGAGUGAAGCAGGAGCUGGCCGAGGACUUGGAGAAAGAUGACAUUGCUCUGUGCCUCAAGUCCGAGAGCCGUGAGGAGUACAACGCUUGCAUGGAAAAUUUGAAAGAAACCUCCGAUGUGCAGGACGAACUCUUCAGCGGAUUGGAUGAGAAGGUCAAGGAGGCCAAGAAGAAGCGCGCCAAGGACGACGCUUCCGUGGAUGCCGUGGGAGAGAUCUUCCGCUCGUGUAUGGAGGAGGCUGAGAGCGAUGCGGAAAAGGAGGAAUGCAAAAAGGAGAUCAAGGAACGCUCCGAAAUCGCCGGUCUCACGGAGGACGAGGAUGACGUGAUCCUGAAGUACAAGCGUAAUGUGGUGGCCGCAUCUGCCCGUGCUUGCGAUGCCAGCAAGCGUAGCGAGUGUGUGCACCAGGCCAAAGAGGAAUUGGUCAAGCUGGGCUUGAAGCGCCGCGCCUUCGGCGUCGUCAAGAAGUUGGCGGAUCUCAAAGAGGCGGCAGAGGCCUUCGCGGAAUGUCAGGAGGAAUCAACCGUCGAUGGUGUGGACGACACGUGCAUCGAGGAGGCCAAGUCGACACUGGAGGAGCUCAGUGGCUCCACAGAGAUCUGGAGCGACGAAAUUCAGGCCAAGGUUCAAGCGCUGGGUGAAGCCUUGACGGAGGGACGCGAAAUCUUGAUCCGCAAGUUGAGGCAAGUGCUGGUGGAAGCCAUUUCCAGCGCGGCCACCUGCUCCGAUGCAUUCCUGGACCGCAUCAUCGAUCGCGUGAUGGGCGUCGCCAGGAAUUUCACCGUUCCAGGUUCUGAUAGGCCCAGGGACAUCACUGACAAGAGAUGUCGGGUGACCUUUGGCAAAGCGCGUUACUUCUGCAAGGUCUCCACGGAGGACAUGGAUGACGACGAGACUCAGCAACUGUCUGAUGACAUCUCAGAGGAUUUGACCACCGCGGAAAUCACCAUCGAACGACUGCGACGUCUUGGCGAGCGAAGGUUGUCAGAGACCAUCACGGAGACCUAUGCGGACCAGGAAGUGGAAGAAACCUCCUCAACAUCCAGCACAAGCACCGCGGAGAGCACCACGGAGAGCACCACGGAGAGCACUGAGAGCACCACGGAGGCAACGACGACGACCACGACGACCACCGAGAGCACCAUGCCAGAUGAACAGACCACCAGUGGAGGCACUGAACAUCCUACUGGAGCCAAUGCUGCAGCAGGUUCCUGCCUCAGCGCUGCCGUCGCCCUGGCGUCGAUUCUCAUGCUUUAG